CAUUGUCAAUUCGCUGCCGAACAUCGUGGGGUGUGUUUCAUUCUAAGGCGCUUGCUCCGAGCCGAUAUUCUAGCCGUGAGAAACGCGUCUUUCCGUCCGCUUAAAAUCGAAAUAUAUUCAUAAUCGUGUAUUUGUAUUAAAAUAUAAACGCCCGUUUAUUUAUGCGUUUAUUGUGUGAGCACUGACAGUUUAAAAUAGGGCGUGAAAUAAAAUAAAUUUUGUGACCGAUUUAAAUAAAUAAGCGAUUUCCAAAAUGAACCUUAAAUUAUUAGCGUUUGUUUGUGCUCUGCUCCACCUCGGCACCUUAACCCAUGUCCUGUCGGCCGCGAGCACAGUGCGUCCCUACAAGUUCGGCUUCACCAUCGACGAGCAGCAGCAUCGGGCGGAGAAGAGAGAUGAACGCGGCAUCAUCAUGGGCGAGUUUGGGUUCAUCACCGCCGAUGGAAUCUAUCACGUGACGGUUUACGCCACCGACGAGGAGGGCAAAUUCCGUAUAAUCUCCAUGAAGAGUUAUCCUUAUGCGGGUCCAGUUGGUCCAAAAAAUGUUCCUGUGACAACGACCCCGAAGGUCCUGCUCUCUUCAGCUCCGGUGGCUCUGCCCAAGUACAACUUCAACACGGAGGCCUGCUCCGGUUGCUUCCUGAAAAAGUCCCCUCCCAAGACGGAAAUUCGCACACUUUCACAGCCAUUGGCUCCAGUUCAACCAGCAAUGAACACAUACUACACCACAAAGCAAGCUGUAACCGGACAUGUUAGCACGCAGACCUCCAAUUCGCAAUCUCCGAGUGCCAGCACAAAGAUCGACUACAAUGUGGGCGUGGUCGAGAAGCUUGCACCACCAGUUUAUCCGCCAUUAAACCUUCAGUUGGACGAGGACGCUAUAAGACAAGCUAUUACAUAUGCCAACAGGAUACCUGGCCCUGUGGCCUUUACCAAUCAGCAUGCAACGAUUCCACUUGCCAGUAACAUCCAAUCCGUAGCACAACAUCCGAGUGCGGGACUUAAAAACAUUAAUAGAUCGGGAGUUUCCUCUGCGAAAACGGUGGCCAAUUCGAAGACAAGACCCACACUCCAACUAAACCCACACCAAACACCUCUUUUGAGUUCAGCAACCACCGCAGGAGUUUCUGGAGUGUCAGCAAAUGCACCAACCGGAAUUUCUCCCUCCAUCGGUGGAGGUAGUCUCGGUGCAGGAGGUCCUGGCGGAAGAAUUGGUUCUGAAAGCGGCCUUGGAGGAGCCUCUGCUGGAGGCAAAGCCUCAGGAAUUGGCGGUGGAAUUGGAUCUGGAAGCGGAGUUGGAGGAGUUGCUAGUGGAAGCAAAGCUUCAGGACUCGGCGGAGGAAUCGGGUCUGGCGCUGGAAGUGCAUCAAGUGCAACGGGUGAUCUGUACAAAUUCAAGUACGUCCUGGACUACAAUGGACACGAGGAGACCGGCGGUCGCAAUGGUGACAAACAGGGUAGCUACUUCGCCAUCGGCGAGGAUGCAGUGCAGCGGACCAUUGAGUACAUUGCGAACGAGUUUGGAUUCCAGCCCCACGUCAGCUGGCGGAAAUUGGACGCCAAGGAGGCGCUUCCCAAGGAGAAUUCGCUGAAGCACUACGAGUUUAAAUGGUUUACUCAGGAAUAGUAGUGAUACGGUGAUUUUUCGGUGGAUCAGUCCAAGGCUAGGCUAGGCACCUUUUUUCCCCAUGCUGUACAUAACAACUUUUGGUUAAUUUCGAAUAAAUACAACGUUAACAGAAAAA